UUUUUUCAAUUUUCUGAUUCAUUUCCUGCCUUGUCUCUAAUUUUGUUUCUGUUCCUUGAAACUAUGAGAAUAAGUCGAUUCUCGAGCGCAUUAUAUCCGAUAAGAGGCUUUCUUCAUGUUAUACAGCAUCCUGCGCAUAUUGGUUCUAUAUUUGUCUCUAUCGCCAAGGUCAUCGCAGCUAGCUCCAUCACCGUGAUUCCAAUUUUUACUUUUGGCUAUGUUUAUCAACACCGCGCGUUAAAGUAUCUUUACAUGCAUUUCAUUUCACAGCAUUUCAAAAAACAUGCUAUUUCUUCCGUAUUUUUAAAGGCUAGUAGCGUGUUUCUUUGUCUUUUCGAGUCAUCCAUCGUUACUUUGCAAAUCAGUGGCUAUUUUAUAGGCAAUGUUCGCAAUAGGCUUUUUGAUUCUCUACUUCAAGAAAGAAAUGGAUUACCAAAAAGGUCUCGCCGCAAAAGUGAUGAAGUUGGGACUGUAGCUGAAAGAGUAGGUGGAGCCUUGGUGGGUAGCUCGUUAACAAAACAUUUUCUGCUUUCUCCUUUGAAUCUCAUGAUAAUGAGUGCUGAGGAUGACGAUACCUGGAGCAUAGUAAUUGUAAGGUCAAUUAUAUCAGUGGUGACUCUGCCUAUCAAUGCAGUACCUAUUGUUGGACCUAUCUUUUAUGUCUCUAUACAAGCUGUGUUUCGUGGAGGAAUGUCGCAUAGAAGAUACUUUCAAUUAUAUGAUUGGUCGCCUGCUCAACGGCAGCGCCGUGUGGAAGAACACUUUUUGGAAUAUCAGAGCUUUGGCUUAGUGGCCACACUACUGGAGAUGACACCAUUUUUAGGGCUUUUUUUUAUAUACACAAAUCAAAUAGGAGCUGCAAUGUGGGCAAUGGACUUGCAUGAUAGAAAGCUUUUGGAACCAUCUAGCAUUAAGAAUGAUUAGGAUUUAUCAUUAAGAAUAGAUAUUAUAUGUGUAUAUUCAGCAAUUUGACUGGCUAACUAAAGCCUAUAUUGUAUAAAGCUAUCCAGAGGAACACGCUUAGUAUUCCACCAGAAACUUGUAACCGUUCCGGGCCACAGUCCAAAUACCUUUAGGAUAAUAGCUACAACCACUCUUCCAUACGGUACCCUUAAAACUAUUCCUCAAUUUUGCGACAUAUUGUUUCUGUGCCUCCAACUUAGGCU